AGCAUUUUUCUUCAUGCAUAUUUUGGCGUCGCCCCACGGCCUGGCUGCCUUUGCCUGUCUGAGUCUUUUGAAAUUCCUGCAUGUUCGCCCCAGAUUAAGCCGAGUGUGUCUCAGGAUACACUGCCCGUUCGCCGGGGCCGCCACGCCGCUACCCGUCGCCUUCCAGAAGGACUGAGAAAGAGAAGAGAGGACAGUGCCACGUCUCACCAGCCGCCUUUACUGGAGAGGGUCUGCACCCACCCUAGGCAUUGCUUGGUAGGGACUGAGAUACGCGGGCGCCCAGCCCGCCUCCUCGGUUGAAGAGGUCUCCCUCCCUCACGUGACUUGAGCCCCGUAUUGUUUUUUUUUCCCCCCCUCCGAGCUACGUCUUCCCGGAGUGGGGACAGUCCAGGAAAGGGAGCGAUGCGCUUCGCCUGGACCGCACUCCUCGGGUCGCUGCAGCUCUGCGCACUCGUGCGCUGCGCCCCGCCGGCCGCCGGCCACCGGCAGCCCCCUCGCGAACAGGCGGCGGCUCCCGGCGCCUGGCGCCAGAAGAUCCAAUGGGAGAACAACGGGCAGGUGUUCAGCCUGCUGAGCCUGGGCUCGCAGUACCAGCCGCAACGGCGACGGGACCCCGGCGCCGCCGCCCCGGGGGCCGCCAACGCCACCGCCCCGCAGAUGCGCACGCCAAUCCUGCUGCUCCGCAACAACCGCACCGCGGCGGCGCGAGCGCGGACGGCCGGCCCCUUUGCAGCCUCAGCCGCAGCUGGCCGCCCCAGGCCCGCCGCCCGCCACUGGUUCCAAGCUGGCUACUCGACGUCUGGGGCCCAAGACGCUGGGACCUCGCGCGCUGAUAACCAGACGGCACCGGGAGAGGUCCCGACGCUCAGUAACCUGCGACCGCCCAACCGCGUGGACGUGGACGGCAUGGUGGGCGACGACCCGUACAACCCCUAUAAGUACACCGACGACAACCCCUAUUACAACUAUUACGACACGUACGAAAGGCCCAGGCCUGGGAGCAGGUACCGGCCCGGAUAUGGCACCGGCUACUUCCAGUAUGGUCUUCCGGACCUGGUGCCUGAUCCCUACUACAUCCAGGCGUCGACAUACGUGCAAAAGAUGGCCAUGUACAACCUGAGAUGCGCUGCGGAGGAAAAUUGCUUGGCCAGCACAGCAUACAGGGCAGAUGUCAGAGAUUAUGAUCACAGGGUGCUGCUAAGAUUUCCCCAGAGGGUGAAAAACCAAGGGACAUCUGAUUUCCUACCAAGUCGACCAAGAUAUUCCUGGGAAUGGCACAGUUGUCACCAACAUUACCACAGCAUGGAUGAAUUCAGCCACUAUGACCUGCUUGAUGCCAGCACCCAGAGGAGAGUGGCUGAGGGCCACAAAGCGAGUUUCUGUCUUGAGGACACAUCGUGUGACUACGGCUACCACAGGCGAUUUGCAUGUACUGCACACACACAGGGCUUGAGUCCUGGCUGCUAUGAUACCUAUAAUGCAGACAUAGACUGCCAGUGGAUUGAUAUCACUGAUGUCAAACCUGGAAACUAUAUUCUCAAGGUCAGUGUGAAUCCCAGCUAUCUGGUGCCUGAGUCGGACUAUUCCAACAAUGUUGUCCGCUGUGAAAUUCGCUACACAGGACAUCACGCGUAUGCCUCGGGCUGCACAAUUUCACCGUAUUAGAAAGCAAGCCAAAACUCCCAAAGGAUAUAUCAGUGCCUGGUGUUCUGAAGUGGAAAAAAAAUAGAUUAACUUCAGUAGGAUUUAUGUAUUUUGAAAGAGAGAACAGAAAACAACAAAAGAAUUUUUGUUUGGACUGUUUUAUAACAAAGCACAUAACUGGAUUUUGAACAUUUCAAUCGGCAUUAUUUGGGAAAUUUUUAACAUUAUUAUUCACAUUACUUUGUGAACUAACACAGUGUUUCACCUCUGUAAUUGCACACUUGGUUCUUUCAGAGAAAUCCAAAUUUCUUAUGCUUCUUCUGAAAUUAUAGUGCAAAAGGAAAAAAAAAUUCGAGGAAUGAGUCAAAAUUAUUUUAAACUGAGAAUUUUCUAAAGUUCUAAAACUUUAGUGAACCGUAAUAAUAACUGGCUUAUAUAUGUCCUAGCAUAGAUCACUUUAGAAAUGAAGCUCCUACUGUUUAAAUAGAUAUGGACACAUUUGGUGCUGAGGGAGGAACAAACAGGUUACCAUUGGUGUCAAGAAAUGUUACUAUAUAGCAGAGAAAUGGCAAUAUAUGUAUUCAGAUAGUUACAUCCCUAUAUAAAAUUUGUUUACAUUUUAAAAAUUAGUAGAUAAACUCCUUUCUUUCUGUCAAGUGUACAAGUUCAUUCUGACUUAAGUCAGCUUUUGUUUUGGAACAAAUUAAGUAAUUGAGCUGCCCAACUUGUGUCUGACAUUUGUUGAUGCGCCCCUCUAUUCUUUAAUUUUACUGUGGGCAGAGACCUUUUCAGUGACAUUUGUAAAAUUACUGUUUUGGGGAUCUGCUAUACAUAGGACAACUGUAUCAAUGGGAAGUCGUUCUGAUGAUAGAUGUGAUACAUUCAAAGAUAGUAUGCAUUUUAGUAUCUUUAACUAUUAGCCAAAAAAAUUUCCUUGCUGACAUAAAAAUCAUACAGAAAAGUCCCCCAGACCACAACUGUCUCUAAAAUACUUAGAAAUAUUAGUGAGAAACUUAGGAUUUUCAACUUUUCUACACUUUUUAAAAUGAUCAGCUUUAAAAAGAGUAAGAUUAACAAUUUUUAAAUUAUCCAGAAUAGAUGACAUAAUGUAUUUGGAUACAUGAACAUUAUCCUAGGUCAUCUAGGAAUUAGUCAUAUGUGAUUUUUGUGUGUGUAUCUGAAAUAUUGUACAAACUAGCAAAGCACAUAGCAUUACAUACUUGAGACGUUGGUGAAUAAGGGGGGAAAAAAAAGGACAGCUUUCUGCAAAACCAAAGAGUGUGUUGCAUAAUGAGACAGCUGUGAUUUUAUUUUAAACUGUGAAACCAUGUGCCACAUCAUAAUUAGGAGAAUUUCUUUUUUUCCUAGAUUCAAAAGAUGCAGAAAGAGAUCAAAUUACACUUUUUAAGUUAGCGGUGCUGAAGCAGAAGUUUUCCUCUCUUAACCAGUAUUAAAAUCUUAAGCAAGGUAUUUCCAGUGCCAAGACACAUUAGGUAGAAUUUUAAAAGGAGUGGCGUCCCUAUAUUGUGUCAUACAGUUGUAAAGUUAGCACCAACUACCAACCAUUCUUCACUCACCGAGUGCUUUGCACUGUAAGAAGGGCUAGAGGUGGGCAGUCAUCAGGGGAGAUAGAGCGGGCUGCAGGAGCCUCAUCUGCCAGGCACACACUUACCGUGAGACAAUACAGACAGCUUGAUAGAGACCCAGAAUUUCCAUUGAGCUAGUAUCUGAGCUAUGGAAUAGCUUCUUUGAUGUACCUCUUUGCCUUCGAUCGCUUUUAGUUUUAAGAUUGUAGAAUGAUCCUUUAAAAUUGUAAUCUUUUCUAAUAGAGAUAUUUUAAUAUACUUGCUUUUUUUAAAAAACAAAAACUACUGUCAGUAUUAAUACUGAGCCAGACUGGCAUCUACAGAUUUAAGACCUAUCAUUUCAUCAAGAUUCUUACCCCUAUACUAAAAGCUAGCUAAUAUCAUGGCCUUUGGAUACAUAUGAGAAGAUGUGUUUACUAUCAUUCCAUGGGCCUUCCAUCUGUGUGUAAAUCCAUCAUCAUUUGAGGGCCUAAAAUAUACUAGGGACUAACAUGCUAGGCAUUAGGAUAUGAAAAAGGCUGUCCCUAACCUCAUUAAGUAUUCAAAAUGUCAUUAUUACUCAUUAGGUUCAGCUUAUCUCAUUUUUAACAUCAUAAGUACAUGUCUAAAAAAUUUCUAUUUUAAGCACUAUUGUUUUUCAUGACCAUAUUUUAUUAAAAAAUAAGUUUAAAAUAAAUAUAUAUAUGCAUGUAUGUGUUACUAAUAAUUAAAACUAUGUUUCCAAUCCCUGAAAUCUCUGCUUUUUAAAUAUAACACAUACUAUUUCAUUGAUUUUGGAAAAAAAAUCAAAAGGUUAAAGAUUUUCACUUACUCCUUAUAUAAAUAUUCCUCCCCACCCCUAAUCACUCCUAAACACUCCCAAAUAUUAAUUUAACACUCAGUAUUUUUGAACCUCAAAGAAUCUCUUUUCUGAAUAACCACCAAAACUCACAGAUAAUGAUUAGUUGGUAAAAUGCAUCCAUUAAUAAAAAACAUAAUCCAGACUUACCAAACUCUAAAUAAAAAAAAUCUUUUAAACAGGAAGUAGAAAUGAAACAAAGAAUUUUGAGUACUGAAAAGAGACUGGUUUUUAAACACAGACUGUGAAAAAAUAGGAAGAUAACUUAGUGAGUCUUCCAUAUGCCAUAUUAGUGGCCUCAUAAUUCAGACCACAGUUUGUAUUAGAGAUGUCUUGCCUUCUAAGGCUAGGGUUCAGUCUCACAUAACUUGCCUAUUUCCAGGACAUCUCUAUAUUUUUACAUAAUGACAUUCAUAAUUGCUAAUUAUUUACUAGACAUUAUUUUUAAUAAUGAAGAACAAAUUUUUUUUUUCUCCUUGACCUCAUAAGAGAUCAUCACACUCAUAAUCUUCUCAAUAUUCAGACUGUAGAGAAAAUGCAGUUCACUAAAAUCAUGGUACUAAGAAUUUCUCUUUACCAAAUUAUGUUAAAAUACUGAAAUUCUGAUCAGAAGACAUUUUGUUUUAAAAAUAACUUGUUUUGAUACUAACAGUAUAAUUAAUAAGUAAAACUACCCUUUUCUAUAUUUUUAUGUUUAGAAUUCAUAUCACAAUCAAUAGCCACAUUUCAUUCCCAGCUACCAAAAGUCUUGGGCCACUUUUGAAUGCUUAAAGCAUGUCAUUUAUCCUUCUAAUCAAAAUGGUGCUGAAUUAUUUCAACUUGAAUGUAAAAUGUGUUGUCUUAGCUCACAGGAUAUAAACAUUUAAUAUAUAACUGCUUGCUAUGAACUAAGUAACAUGUGAUUUGGUAUUGUAAUGUUUUUAAUGAAGUUUUAGUUUCUUCCAAAUUUUUCAGGAACACUAGUUGUAAAACAUUUUUAACUUUUUUUUGAAGAGCUCUUAUUUUAAAUGCCCAGACACUGGCUUUAUAAUCUUCUUUACACUCUCACAUUCUUUUAUUAUAUGCCUAUACUAUGAUUGCAAGAUUAUGUAAAAAUGCCUUGAAUAAAUGAUUUCAAGUGUC